AUGGGUUACGGAAUCACGCAGAACGCUCUGCGCAGGUUCUUCGUCAUUCCUGGAGCCCACGCUCAACAAUGGGAGCCGGACGACCGGCUGAUCCAUCCCCUUCAUUUUUCACCGCCACCCCGUCUUCAGUCAACAGACUGCCAGGAUACACCAUGUGCUGCGACAUCCAGUUGCAUUGCCGAGCGAAGGGCUUACAUGCAUUCUGGGCGUCGAGAUCCUCCGCUGGAGACUCCAAAGACGAAGCGAACCGGUUCCAUGCUCACUACUGCCUUCGUUAACACUAAACUACGUCAGAGGACAGUAGAGUCAAGUGAGUCCUCCGCAAUCAUGAGUCCUGUUACGCCGCAACCCUGCAUAUCUAGUAAUUACAGAAAACAACUGCAGUCUAGUCGAACAGAAGGAAAGGGAAUGACCAACACUGCCACCGCGGUAACGGCAGUGUCAGGCCUGAACGGCCGUGAAAGACCACCGCCCACCGACUCGGAGACCACCGGACCCGUUGACAUUGACGCUUUAGUUAGACGUGAGCAGAAAUCAGGGCGCACUGCCCGCACUAGUGUUCACAUGCUAACAAAUAAGUUUGAACACUAUUCCGCCGACAGGCAAACGACACCGGAGUGUGUAUUAACCAGCAAACAGCCAUCUGGAGGUCUUACCUUUGCACACGAAACCCUGGAAUUGAGUAAUAAACAGAGUUUUCAGAGCCCCAGGACAAUGCCCUUCUACCUCUCCAGCAUCUGCACUGGGGGAAAGGUAGAUCAGCCUCAUGGAAUGUCUCAAGACGUCCGUGCGAUAGACGAACCAAAGGUCUUGCUAAGUCAACGAAAAGUGACAGAAGAGGUUGAGGAGGUAAUUAAUCUCCCCGCGAAACCCCCUCAGACUAUACUGAGGCCAGAGGGCACUUCUACAGAGGCUUUUGUCGACAAAGCGGAGACGCCAAAGCCGGAAAUAAAGGUCACGCCACGCGAUGGCUUGCCUAUUUGGCGCAACGAGAAGUCGAGGUCAGUGCGGCCGCCCGUGCGGUAA